AUGAGGGACGACGAUACUGCUUCCAUCUGGUCCAACGCACCUUCCUAUCGGUCGACUAUUGACCCCCCUCCAUACACUGCCGAUGGAGGUCUCCCAUCGUAUAACAGCUCAAGCUCGCUGCCGGAAACACCUUCGAGCAGAACCCCCAUUGGCUCCAUUGGUUCAUCUACUGUGUCGCGUGGACUACCCCCUGUUCCUCCAAGCAGAUCGGGGCUUCCUCCAGUUGCUUUUAUCACUCCUGGCUCGCGGGGCCAGCAAUCUCGCCAGUACCAGGCAGUAGCUGCUCGUCGCCAAGCUAAACAGGUUUCAAAAGGCCUCUAUAAUCCAAAUUUUUCAUCUCGAAUAUUCCCUCGGGAUAAUCCAAUCAGGCAAAAUGCUCCUGGACUGACAUACGAUACUUACAAUUCCCUCCACCCUGUACUUUCGGCCCGGAACUCGCCCCACGCUCUUUCUACAGCAGAGUUGUUUCUUUGUACAUGUGGUCGACACAACGGCGGCAACACUGGUGAUCUCGAAAAUGCGAAUCAUGUUAUAGAUCCUCGGGCCCCAAGGCCCCUUCAUAACCCGAUAUUCGAUGAACCUUGCCCUAGCACCCUCAGGCCACCAGUUGCAAGGCAAACACCGGUAGCGAAAGUAGAAGAGAAGAAGGAUCUGCAGGAGGAGACAAAGAAAGUCAACUCAACUGGAGAGUUUAGUGACAAGGCCUCGAAAGACGGGGAUGUCGAAGAGUCAAAGGACGAGGAAGAUAUCGAUACGGAAGGUAAAUCCUGGGAUUUCAUGAUGUCUCAGAUGUGA